AUGCAUCGGUUUCGAAAGAACAAAAAGGGCAAGGAUGCCUCGGACGAGUUGGGAAAAGUAUCAUCCACCUCAAGUUCGCCUUUCAGUCUGAAAAGCUCCAAAAAGACGGAGGGGCCUGCGGAGUCGCAAUUUCAAUUGGACUUGUCAGACGCUCUGCCAUCAUCGGAUGACUUUCGCACAAGUCUCCUCAUGCCCAAACUGUCGGCGCGAUUCAGCAUGUUGAGAGAGCAGGAUGACCCAGACACGGUGGUUGGGAAAGCUAGUGACGACAGCGUUCUGUUCCCCAAACGAGCCUCGCGAGUGAACAUAUUUGGUAACAGUGCCGGCCUAUUGACGGACAUCGAUGAAAUUUCCUCCAACGACGGGAGCCGCCCAUCGAUUGCUCUCGGACGCGCCGAUUCGGACGCAUCUGCAUUUGACGCAGGAUAUGGCACCGACGAUGAUCGCUCGCAGAGCGGCGCAGGCGGCAGCAUCAUGAGCCGUGCUCGCCGAACAGAAGGAAAUAACCUGUUUGGCGGUCGCCAGAAAGUCUAUCGUAUUCCUGUUCGAACGCCUACCGGAACAGGGUCAGAGUCCACGGAACCGAAUCGUGGAUUGGGCAAAUUCGUCUACGAACAUGACCUCAAUCUGUCCGCGUUCCAAAGAUUGCGGCUCAAGGAGAAGGAAGAGCAGCGGCGGCUUGCUGAAGAAGGGACAGAUGCGAACAUCGCGCCACAUGUGACCACACAAGAAUCAGAGGGCAUCGCUUCCCUCUCUUCGAGGCAUCCCACUCAUUCCUUGACUGCCUCGGAUUCUGCGCUCGAACCGCCAGCUUCAUCUGGCGUGACUUCGGUUGAGGAAACUCCAGACGCCGUUCCUCAGGCGUCGAUUCACCCUGAUGCUCCAAGCGACACUCGCUCACCAUCCGCCAUGUCGAAUCCGCGAAAUGGUUCCGUUCGUUCUCAACGAUUGUACGGGCAAGGGCUCAACCAAACCGCCCAGAAUCAGCAAUCCUCUACCUUGAACCGUCUUGAAAGCCUCAGUCGUCAGCGUGGAUCCCCAGCCACAGAUUCAGUGCCCAUGAACCGCAAUUUCUCGCGUUCCGUCGGCAGUCUUCGCGAUCGCCUCCAAAAGCUCAACACGACGGAGACCACGACAUCCACCCUGCCUGCGAGUCCACCGUCCUCGGCAACAUCGUCCAAACCGCCUACCAUUGCAGAAAAUACCCCUAGCGACCACGCUUUGCCGUUCACCAACAGCUCAGGAGCCGUCCCUCCGCUCAGUCCGCCAUCCAGUGAGGUUGACGAGGGAAAACGUCUUUUGGCAGCUGCUGUCAGUCCCGAGGACCACGGCAAAGCCACGGCCAUGGGCUUUUUCAAUCGUGCUGCUACGGGAUUUGAUGAGCAACAAUUCAUGCGCCGCCAGCUGCAGAUGCACCAAGGACAUAACCCUUCCUUCCCGCCACCACGGCCACCCCCUACCAACCGUCCCUUGCCGCAGGAACCGACCGGCCGAACUAGGGGUUUCUCUAAAUCUAGUCACCGGUCUCGAGCCGAGUCAGCCUCCUCCAACUACAGCAACGGCGUCGAUCGAUCCCGCCGAUCUAGUGUCGAGGCCUCCCCGGCCAGCCUGGAUUGA